AAUAAGCAUUGCUAAGAACUUUGACAAUUUAAAAGGUGAUUUUCCCAAUGUUUGGAUUUUGAACUCUCAGAUUUUCAAUUGAAAUCUGGUUGAAUUAAUGACAUUAAACAUCAGGAUUUAGGUUAAGAGUUUAUUGUUCGUUGUGUUGUAAUCCACAUUAGGAGAAAGAAGAGGAAUGAAGCGGAAAGCGGAUAAUGAUUUUCAGAGUGUUUCUGGUGAAGGCAAACCGUAUGCUCUGAGGAAACGCAUCAAACUUUCAGAGAUGGAGAACACAAGAGACACAGAGAUGACCAGCUAUGAGGAGAAAACCAGUUCAGGAGGAAGAGGAGAGAAACGGAAAGCGGAUGAUGAUUUUCAGAGAGUUUCUGGUGGAGGUAAAUCAUACGCUCUGAGGAAACGCAUCAAAGUUUCAGAGAUGGAGAACACAAGAGACACAGAGAUGACCAGUUUUCAGGAGAAAACCAGCUCAGGAGGAAGAGGAGAGAAGCGGAAAGCAGAUGAUGCUUUUCAGAGUGUUUCUGGUGGAGGCAAACCAUCUGCCCACCGGAAACGCAUUAAAGUUACAGAGCUGGAGAACACAAGAGAAGACGCCGACACAGAGGCGUCCAGCUCAGGAGGAAGAGGAGUGAAGAGGAAAGCGGAUGAUGAUUUGCAGAGUGUUUCUGACAGAGUCAAACCAUACGCUCUGCGGAAACGCAUCAAAGCUGCAGAGACGUCCAGCGAUGAGAACAGCCGCUCAGAAGUUCCAAGAGGACAGAAGAGAAAGGCUGGAUGUCUAGAUCAGGACAGCAGAAGUCUGGACACAGUUGCUGCCAAACGAGUGAAAACUGCAGCAGAAGACAGCAGCUCAGGAGGAAGAGGAGUGAAGCGGAAAGCGGAUGAUGAUUUUCAGAGUGUUUCUGAUGAAGGCAAACCAUACGCUCUGAGGAAACGCAUCAAAGCUGCAGAGCUGGAGAACACAAGAGAAGAUGCCGACACAGAGGCGUCCAGCUCAGCUCCAAGAGGACAGAAGAGAAAGGCUGAAUGUCUUGAUCAGGACAGCAGAAAUCAGGACACUGUGGCUGCCAAACAAAUGAAAACAGCAGAGAUCCAACAUGGCGGCAGCAGCGGCGGGAAAACUGCAGCUGAAAACAGCAGCCCAGCUGAAAACAGCAGCCCAGCUGAAAACAGCAGCUCACCUGAAAACAGCAGCCCAGCUGAAAACAGCAGCACAGGUGAAAACAGCAGCCCAGCUGAAAACAGCAGCUCAGCUGAAAACAGCAGCUCAGCUGAAAACAGCAGCUCAGGUGAAAACAGCAGCACAGCUGAAAACAGCAGCACAGCUGAAAACAGCAGCACAGGUGAAAACAGCAGCACAGCUGAAAACAGCAGCACAGCUGAAAACAGCAGCACAGCUGAAAACAGCAGCACAGGUGAAAACAGCAGCACAGCUGAAAACAGCAGCACAGCUGAAAACAGCAGCACAGGUGAAAACAGCAGCACAGCUGAAAACAGCAGCACAGCUGAAAACAGCAGCACAGCUGAAAACAGCAGCACAGCUGAAAACAGCAGCACAGGUGAAAACAGCAGCCCAGCUGAAAACAGCAGCACAGGUGAAAACAGCAGCCCAGCUGAAAACAGCAGCUCAGCUGAAAACAGCAGCUCAGCUGAAAACAGCAGCACAGCUGAAAACAGCAGCACAGCUGAAAACAGCAGCACAGGUGAAAACAGCAGCUCAGCUGAAAACAGCAGCUCAGGUGAAAACAGCAGCUCAGCUGAAAACAGCAGCUCAGGUGAAAACAGCAGCUCAGCUGAAAACAGCAGCCCAGCUGGAAACAGCAGCUCACCUGAAAACAGCAGCCCAGCUGGAAACAGCAGCUCACCUGAAAACAGCAGCACAGGUGAAAACAGCAGCUCAGGUCUGUCUUCUGUCAUAAUGAUUUCUGUCUAA